UGACUUAAUAAAAAAAUGCAUAAAUACAGCACUGAAGAGAUCAUCGGUAGGAUAGCGUUUUGGUGAAGUCAGGUUAAACAGAUUUGAGAAUCAGAACUAUAAGAGCCAACCAUGAACCCUGACAAAGAACACAAGCCUGAGGGAGAGCACCAUGGAAAGGGUCAAGAACAUGGUAAAGGACACUGUCAUGGCAAAGGUGAAGGCAAAGAACAUGGCCAUGGAAAAGAACACUCUCAUGGCAAAGGUGAAGGCAAAGAACAUGGCCAUGGAAAAGAACACUGCCAUGGCAAAGGUGAAGGCAAACAACACUGCCAUGGAAAAGAAGCAAAAGAAUAACAUAUGCCCCACAUUAUUUGCCAUGAAUAUGUGAGACAAAGUAAAUGAAAACAGAACCAUGUUCUGAUGCACAUAGACUCUAAUCAUUGUUUUUGACACAAUGAAAUAAAGCUUGACUCAAAUAA